AUGGUUUCCGGGGUGCAGGCUGCCCAGUUCGUCGGCAUCACUGCCUCCAUGUUCGCGGCGGGCCAGAAUGCCACCUUCUCGACAGCUGUCGUCCCCUCCCUGCUCACCCCCAGCGACGAUGAAGCGCGCCUGGUCGCCCACUGGCGCACUGCCUAUGUCCAAGGCUUCUACCUCACCCCUCCACCGCUACUCGUCUCGUGCGUGUCGUUCAGCUAUCUUUCCUACUCGGCCAGGUCGAGCGGCAUGUUGUGUUCGCUCUACGCCGCUGCUGCCGUGCUGGUUCCGGCCAUCGUGCCCGUGCACACGUUUGCCAUCAUGCGCCCCUACAUCGGCGCCCUCUGUCGCCGCGCUGAGAGGCUGGCCGGCCCGGGCCCGGGCACCAAGGCCGAGAGCCUGGGAAAGGAUGAGCCGGCAACCCUCCGCAUCGAGGAGACGCAUUCGACCCGCGAGCUGGUCCGCCUCUGGGGCCUGCACAACGCCUAUCGCACCGUGACCGGCUUCGUUGGCGCUGCUCUGGGUCUCUGGGCCGCCUUAAACCACGCCCGGAUUCUCGCACCGUGCCAAUCGUGA